GAAAGAAGAAAGUUUAGGAAGGGAGACCACCAUUGGUGGUCCAGUUUCAGAAUUUCAAACAGCUACUUAUCAUAAGUAGGUAAUUGGGAUACUUCUGGAAAUGCGGCCAAACAGGAGAGAUUGCAGGUUCUGGAAGCCCUGUCCCUUGUCUGCCCUCCUUGGCUUCCUCCCCCAUUCCCUCCUAUUCUGUCAGUGAGCCAAGGACAGCCCAGGAAGUUAACUGGGAGGUUUUGGAAAUCACAGGAUCUGUUGCUUAAUUCAAUACCAGAACGUUUUUUCAGACCUUUCUCCAUUUUGUCAGCAACCUUUCUACCAUUGCAGUGGGCUUGCUUUCUGUGGUAGUACACUCGAUCCCAGUUUUGAAAAAAAUACAUGGAGGGUACCGAUCAGAAGAAGGCAGCGGUCGGUAAGCGUGAGGGGCUUCCAUGUAUUACACCGCUGCUAACCACGGUGGAGGAGACGCCACAGGUGGUCUCUGCUCAAGUCCGAGGACAUUUUCCCAAGUGGCUCAGUGGCAGUCUGCUUCGAAUUGGGCCUGGGAAAUUCGAGUUUGGGAAGGACAAGUACAAUCACUGGUUUGACGGAACGGCUUUGCUUCACCAGUUCAAGAUGGAGAAGGGCAUGGUGACCUACAGAAGCAAGUUCCUGCAGAGUGAUACAUAUAAGACCAAUAGUGUUCAUGACCGAAUUGUGAUCUCAGAAUUUGGCACGCUGGCUCUCCCUGAUCCGUGCAAGAAUGUUUUUGAACGUUUCAUGUCAAAAUUUGAGCUGCCUGCAGUAACUGACAAUACCAAUGUCAACUAUGUGCGGUACAAGGGUGACUACUAUGUUAGCACUGAGACCAACUUUAUGAAUAAAGUGGACAUUAAAACUCUGGAAAAAACAGAAAAGGUAGACUGGAGCAAAUUUAUUGCUGUGAAUGGAGCAACUGCACAUCCUCAUUAUGACCCAGAUGGAACAGCAUACAACAUGGGGAACUCGUAUGGGCUGCAUGGUUCUUGCUAUAAUGUUAUUCGGGUUCCUCCAGAGAAGGUGGAUCUUGGGGAGACAAUCCACGGAGCCCAGGUGAUAUGCUCUAUUGCCUCUGCAGAGAGGAUGAAACCUUCUUACUACCAUAGCUUUGGAAUGACAAGGAACUAUAUAAUCUUCAUUGAACAGCCUCUAAAGAUGAAUCUGUGGAAAAUGAUCACUUCUAGAAUUCGGGGAAAGGCCUUUUCAGAUGGAAUAAGCUGGGAACCGCAGUAUAACACACGGUUUCAUGUGGUGGAUAAGAACACUGGACAGCUGCUUCCAGGAAUGUACUACAGUAAACCUUUUGUUACUUUUCAUCAAAUCAAUGCCUUUGAGGACCAGGGCUGUGUUGUACUUGAUUUGUGCUGUCAAGAUGAUGGAAGAAGCCUGGAAGCUUACCGACUACAGAAUCUCAGGAAAGCUGGGGCAGGGCUUGAUCAGGUCUAUAAUUCAGUAGGCAGAUCUUUCCCUCGGCGGUUUGUUUUGCCCUUACAUGUCAGUUUGAAUGACCCUGAAGGAGAGAACCUCAGCCCAUUGUCCUAUUCUUCAGCUAGUGCUGUGAAACAAGCUGAUGGAAAGAUUUGGUGCUCUUAUGAAAAUCUACAUCCUGAGGAUCUAGAGGAGGAAGGAGGUGUUGAAUUUCCCCAGAUCAACUAUGGCCAAUUCAGUGGCAAAAAGUACCGUUUCUUCUAUGGCUGCGGCUUUCGGCAUUUAGUGGGGGAUUCUCUGAUCAAGCUUGAUGUGGUGAAUAAGACACUGACGAUUUGGAGAGAAGAUGGCUUUUACCCAUCGGAACCUGUGUUUGUUCCUGCGCCAGGAACCAGUGAAGAAGAUGGUGGGGUUAUUCUCUCUGUGGUGAUCACCCCCGACCAGAAUGAAAACAAUUUUCUCCUAGUCUUGGAUGCCAAGAACUUUGAAGAACUGGGCCGAGCAGAAGUGCCUGUGCGAAUGCCUUAUGGGUUCCAUGGUACCUUUGUAACAGUCUGAUGGAACAACUCGGAACACCUGGAAACUUGCUUUCCUUCCAAACCAUAGACACCCAGUUUUAAAAUUUCUAUUAAAAACAGGAUUCUUGUGGGGCGCCUGGGUGGCUCAGUGGGUUGAGCCUCUGCCUUCGGCUCGUGUCAUGAUCUCAGGGUCCUGGGAUUGAGCCCCAAGUUGGGCUCUCUGCUCAGCGGGGAGCCUGCUCCCCCCUGUCUCUCUGCCUGCCUCUCUGCCUACUUGUGAUCUCUCUCUCUGUGUCAAAUAAAUAAAAAUCUUUAAAAGACAAAA